AAAAUAAUCUGUUUGAUUUUCUUUUCUUCUUCGAGCCCCUAUCUUUCUCUCACUCUUUCUUUAUAGGAACAACAAAAACAAAGCUGUUAAAAACAUCUCCUUAUUUCUCGAGAUUUCUUCUCUUUGUGCUCGUGUCGAAGACCACAAACUGUUUUAUUCUUUUUGUUCCGACAAGACUGUAAAAUGGAUAGACGUCGCAGGAAACAGAGCAAGGCCAAAGCGUCAUGUUCCGAAGAAGUGAGUAGCAUCGAGUGGGAAACUGUGAAGAUGUCGGAGGAAGAAGAAGAUCUCAUUUCUCGUAUGUAUAAACUCGUUGGAGACAGGUGGGAAUUGAUAGCCGGAAGGAUACCGGGACGGACACCGGAAGAAAUUGAAAGAUAUUGGCUUAUGAAACACGGAUUCGUUUUUGCCAGCAAACGAAGAGAAUUUGUUAGGAAAUGAUUUUUAAUGCAUUUUCCUCUCCUUAAUUCACAAGACAAGAAACAAAUGAGAAGUAGUAGUUGUCCUUUUUGAGUUACUAUUUUAGGAUGUAUAAUUAUCUAUAUAUAUAAAAACAGGACUGGUUAAGGUCGUAGCAUUUUAGUUGGUGAAAUGUAAUGUUCUUCUGGCAUUAAGCAUAGAUUAUGAGACUCUAGAUUAUGAGUGUAAUUUCAGGUUUAGAUUGAGUAUAAUUUUGCCGAUGGAUGGAGAUUA